AUGGCGGACACUAGAACCGGAACCCAACUAUCAAACUCGACGACAUCGUCGACAAAGUCGCUCCGGGGGCGAGUUGUCGUCUUCGAGUUGGAUACUAGCCAGAGGACGACUUCGAGCGUCGAAAAGCUGGGGAGAAAACACAUUACGCCAACCUAUUCAUACGACAUUAAGCGGUGGCAGCGGCACGUCGAUGUGCAGAUACCCACCAACGAGAAGAAGAAGGAGGCCAGCGUUCACAUUGCCACUGUGCAAAUGCCUGCUCGCGCAUAUUUGGGAAGAAUAUUUGGAGAUUACAGGCAAAUGUGGGCUGUGUCAGCUGCAUGA